AUGCUAAGUGUUUAUGACGUUUAUUCGUUUAAAAUUCGUAGAGGUGGAUAUGUUUAUGAAUUUUGUGGUGAAAUAUCUAAUAUCAUUAGUAAUUUGACAAUGUUAAAAGAAUUAUCCUGGAUUGACGGUCAAACACGUGCCAUUCUUAUCCAAUUUAGCAUGUAUAAUGCCAAUGUUAAUUUAUUUAUUUUUGUUACAUUAAUGGUAGAAUUCUUACCAACGGGAGGAAUAUUUCCACAAGCAAAAUUCGAAGCAAUCAACUUAUUAGUUAAAUAUACAUCAGAAUAUGGUAUGUUUCAAUUUAUUUGUUUUAUCAUUUACAUGCUAUUUGUUGUCUAUUACACGAUCAUUGAAAUACGUUUAUUAAUUCAAUUAAAAUGGACUUAUUUCAAACGAUUUUGGUCUUAUAUUGAAUGGGGUAUAAUCAUUUGUUCAUGGACUGCUUUGGGUAUUUACAUUGCACGUGCCCUAGAACAACGUAGAAUUGAAACCUAUUUUAAACAAAAUACAUAUAUUAAUUUACACAAAGCAUUUUAUAUUCAUGAUUUAUUGAUUGAUCUAAUUGCGUUCUGUGCAUUUUUUAGUACAAUAAAAUUAUUAUGUUUGUUGCAAGUAAAUCAUCGAAUAUCCAUUUUGAGUCGAACAUUAGAAAUGGCUGCGAAAGAUUUGAUAUUAUUUGGUUCUAUGUUUUCAGUUAUAUUUGUUGCAUUUUUAUGUUUAUUCUUUUUAUUAUUCUCGACAGCCUUAUUUGAAUGUUCGAGUACAUUACGAACAGCACAAAUGUUAUUUGAAAUGAUGUUAUUAAAAUUUGAUGUUAGUGAUUUAGUAAAUGUACAUCCAACUAUUGGUCCAUUGGUUUUUUCAUUAUAUAUAGUUUUUGUUGUAUUUAUUAUCAUCAAUAUGUUUAUUUCAAUUAUCAAUGAUAAAUUUAAAGUAGUUAAACAUGAUCCAAUAUAUCAAAUAGCUGAUAAUGAUAUAAUAAAAUAUAUGGUUAAAAAAUUUCGAUUAUGGACGGGUAAAUUCAUGUAUAAAUAA